CCGCUCAAAAUGUUAUGGCUUUGUUCGCUUUGGAGAUGUCUAUGAGCAUGCACAAGCAAUGACAGAAAUGAAUGGAGCAUACUGUUAUACCAGGCCUAUGCGUAUUGGACCUGCUCCCAACAACAAAGAUUGUGUCCACAGCACACAAGGAACUGAUUCUUGUCACAAUCCAAACAAUUCGAGACUGUUUGUCGGGUGUCUUGAUAAAAGCAUCACUGAUGAUGAUGUACUGCGAGCCUUUAGUCCAUACGGAGAGCUUGUUAGUGUCAAAGUACUACAGGGGAAGGGCUGCGCUUUUGUCACAUACUCAAACCGGGCAUCGGCAGAGGAGGCCAUGAGAAUGCUAAAUGGGAGUCAGCUGGGAGGUAACGCCAUGAGACUUACAUGGGGUCGCCGUGCUACUAACAAGCAGGAUGGACAAAAUGAUGGCCGGUAUGGACGCCCCAAAUCCUUUGAUCCUUCAGGUUUCGGUUGGUCUCCUCAGGUUCCGUACGCAUAUGCUCAGACAGGCCAUCCAGGAUAUGGAUAUUACCAGCAGCAGCUUCCCACAGUACAGUGAGAUCACCAUGUGAAGGAACAUCACAAGCAACGGCAUGUAGAGAGAUUUGAACUCGGAAGAAGUUGCACUCCUUUUUUGGAAAUAGCUUAACCCUUCAGUUGCGCUCCGUGACGAAUAGCUCUGUAUCCCACCACGGAAGCCCCCCGUGAUGCCUGGGAGUACAGUUUUGUUACAGACGUCGAGAAUUUAGCAGCCCGUUUAACCUGUUGAUGAGAAGAAGUUUGGGUUGCCUGAAUUUUGCUAUGCCAUGGGCAUUGCUAGCAUAACUCAGGUUUAGGGUUAGUAACAUGUCAGUUGAGGCUUACAUUGCGGUUAUCUUUUACAGCCAGAUGUGCACUUGUGAUGC